GUUCAUAUUUUGGUAAGACAUCAGGAAGUGCGGAAGAAGGCGAACGGACGAAGACCGAAACCCGAAAGACUGAACUUUCACAGACAAGUUUGACGGUUUUUUUGCGGACUGCCCGUCAUUGUUUCGUCGUUUAACUGUUGGUUUGGAUAGAAGUCGCCUGAAGAUGCCGGCAAUGGAAAAACAGCUCUUCAAUUUAAAGUUCGCUGCCAAAGAACUCCAAAGAAAUUCCAAGAAAUGUGACAAAGAGGAAAAAAUAGAGAAGGCUAAAAUUAAGAAAGCCAUCCAGAAGGGGAAUAUGGAGGUGGCAAGGAUCCAUGCAGAGAACGCCAUCCGACAGAAGAACCAGUCGGUAAACUUCUUGAGGAUGAGUGCUCGGAUAGAUGCAGUGGCAGCGAGAGUCCAAACUGCAGUUACGAUGAACCAGGUCACAAAAUCUAUGGCUGGAGUGGUGAAAGGCAUGGACGCCACCCUGAAGUCUAUGAAUCUGGAAAAGAUUUCAGGUCUCAUGGACAAAUUUGAGCGCCAAUUUGAAACUCUGGAUGUUCAGACCGCCCAUAUGGAGGACACCAUGAGCAGCACGACAACACUCACAACACCACAGAAUCAAGUGGACUCAUUGAUGCAUGAACUGGCUGAUGAAGCAGGAUUGGACCUGAACAUGGAGCUCCCUCAGGGACAGACGGGAUCAGUGGGUACCAGCGUGGCCUCUGCGGAGCAGGAUGAACUGUCUCAAAGACUGGCCAAACUCCGAGAUCAAAUGUAAAAGACAACUGCAGUGGACUUGCAUCGUCAUGCAGAGCUCCAAAAUGCUACCUGAAUACUACUCCCAAACAUCUUUUAUUUGCAUUAUGUCUUUUCUCCUCUUUACAUCUUGUGUCUCUUUGUAGAGGAGCGACUGUAUCAUUGUUUUGUCCCGCGGAUAAUAGCCCUCGUUGGGUGUGUGUUAAUAAUAACCUUUGGAUUCUGUAAACUUACUGAGAUGCUGGUUAUGGAAAAUGUAUUUAUUUCUUAAAUAUACAUAUUUACACAAGGAAGAUCUAAUGUAACUUAAUUGUUUGAUAUGUAUACUUAAGAACAUCAGACAUUUAGCUAAGAAUAUCGAGUGUGGCAGUUAUUAUUCUGUAUUCAUAAGUCAAUUUCAUAUCAUUAUGGUGAAUAAGCUUGAGGUUUUGGAGUAUAGAAUUACAUUUUAUCUUCAUACGUGCAUGAUUGCAGAAAACAUAUAUGCAUUUUCCCUUCUCGGUUUCAGAGUGUGAAAGACCUUCCCACUUACUGUUGAACUGACUCCAUGUUUAGAUUUGUUGUAUUUUAUUUCUGAGGAAUAUUUUGAGAAGAUACCGGAUGAUUAGCCUGUGUGUUUGUCAGGUCAUCUUAAACAUAUUCACUGAUCAUUUGGGAAGGGGUUACAGUAUGGAGACUACAUACAGUAAGUGAACAAUAAAAUUUUAUAAUACUUUUA